AGUUACGGUAAUCGACCUCCUCCUACCAGGAAGCGACACCAUUACGUCGUCUCGGCUUUCAAGGCAGACGGCGUUGUUUUCCAACACGUUUUCCCCGCCGUAAAACAUGUCCGCAGACAUGCCAGCGGCGCUGGGCGGCCUGAACAUGGAGUCGCAGCUCCUGUCCAUCAUGAACGUGUUGGUGAAAGCCGCGGUGGCGGAGAUCGUGCAGCUCUUCACGGAGAGUUCCGACUCUCUGCGGCUGCAUCUGAGCCAGAGCCUGAGGGAGAACGAAAACCUGAGGACGAGGAUGAAGGUGAUGAGGAGUGAGCUGUUCUCCCUGAAGCUGCAAACCCGGACCAACCGGCCGGCCAGCCGCUUCUCUGCCUCCAGGGGGAACGUAACCAAACCUCGACCGAAACCACAGGUGUUCAUGAAGCCUGCAGCGGGUGAAAAAGUUGUCGUUGAAGCUGCUUCCACCUCUGCCCAAACCAGGACUCCCUCCUCCACCAUCAGCGUGCAGUGUGCAGAAGUGGACAGUCCAGAGGUCAUUCUGAUCAAAGAUGAGGAUGAUAUUAUAGGACCUGAGCCGGUCGUCGGUCAGGAUAGCUUUGGAGAUGAUUGCAUGCGGGCUGCAGGGAGUCAAAGCUUAGACUCAUCUGGCUCCCCCUGCUCGAUGGAUAAUAACAAGGAGCUGAGAAUCGUGAGCGUUCACAGCGCGGGAAACGCGCCUCUGCCGCGGGACAGCGACAUCCUCUUCUCUGCGUCUGAACUUCAGGCUUUGAGCUCUCUGUCCGACCCCGGCAUCCCCCCGGAGAGUCUCCUGAAUUUCCCCGGCUGCACCAACGGCCCCGGAUCAAUAGGGGCGAUGCAGGAGAACAGCGCCGAAGUGGCAAAAAGCGUCCAAAUUGAAAGGGAACGUUCGACUCAGAGGGCUUCAGCAGCCGGGAGCCAAGCCUUAAAGUCCCCCGCGGGUGGCGCGAAUGGACAGCCCGGCCAAACGAGCCAUUUCUCCCCACAGCAGAACGUCCUCCCCAGCCCCAUCAACAAACCCCUGGACUGCGCCUUCUGCGGCGAGCGCUUCCGCAACCGCGAGGACCUCAUCACGCACCGCGCCAGCCACACCGGCGAGUCGCCCAUGUCUUGCCCGCUGUGCAGCAAGACCUUCGCCAACAAGACCACGCUGGCCAUCCACAUGCGCAUCCACACCGGGGAGAAGCCCUACGCGUGCGCCCAGUGCGGGAAACGCUUCACGCAGAACGGCAGCCUGAAGAUCCACCUGCGCACCCACUCCGGAGAGAAGCCGUACACGUGCGGCCAGUGCGCCGCCAGCUUCAACAACCCCAGCAACCUGCGCAGACACAUGAUCACGCACAAUACCAGCGUGGGGCUCUGAUCCUAAUCACACAGAGGACGAACUGGGUUCACGCAGAUUUUUUACACCUUUUAGCCCUGAUGCUGUUGCUUCUUUCUGCAAUGCGCGUUUUUAUGGAAAUGUUUUUAUCAUGAUUUGGGAUUUUUUUUUUUUUAUUACAACUUCCUGGAGAUGCACAGCAACGUUGUUGUGUCAGUGUGUGUGCCAUUUCCUGGUUUGCAGUGUGAGCAGCAGGCACUCCUGAUUUGGUCACUGACAUGAAGAGAAACACAGGAAUACUAUAUUACUUUUUUUUUUACAUCAUUAUAUCUGAUAUAUAAAGCUCCAGUAAUAUGUUGCUGCUACUUAGAUACCAAGCCAUCCUUCCCAUUGGCUAAUCUCCUGUAUUUAAUUAGACAACCAUAAAAGCAGCCUACCAGUUUGUAUGCUUUGGCCUGAUAAAGUCUAAGAAAAGCAGCUGUUAAAGUGUUUGCCGGGUGCUGAAAGAACACUGAUGUUUAAAACUUGCUGAUUCUGUUAUUUUACAGUCAUGGGAAAAAGUUGUGGCGUUGACACAAAUGUGAUUUGAG